GUUUGAGUAAGCUAGAUGAAAAUUGGCUUAGCGUUGAUGGAUUAGAAAAUAAUUUUUGUGCGAUAAGGGACGGGUGGAAAAUCUAAAAAUUCCAUAUCGAAAAUAAAUCAACUACCUACAUAUCAACAGCAUCUAUUUCCCGGGAAUUGCCCAACAGUAUUCAAGAUGCCCAAAGUCGGAAGUAAGUCAUUGAUACACUUGUCGUUUGCUGCUAUGAUAACUAAUUGAUUAUUUUUUAAACAAUAGAGCCAAAGAGUAAGCGUGUUUCAGUUCGCCUCCGUCACAAAAUCGAGAAAGCUUCAGUUGCAAAACAAAAGAAAGCUCGCAAGGAAGGAAAGAAAAAUCCAGAGUGGCGGUCGCGUUUAAAGAAGGAUCCUGGAAUUCCAAACUUGUUCCCAUAUAAGGAUAAGAUUUUGGCAGAGAUUGAGGAAGGAAGAAGGAGAAAGGCUGAAGAUGCUGCGAAACGACGAGCUGAUGCGAAGGCUACAAAGACUGGUGAACAAGUUGAGAGAGAGGUAGAGGCUAGAAUGGAAGGUGUUGAUGAGGAGGAUAUUGAGCUUAUGGAUGAGGACGAGGAAAUGGACGGCGAUAUUGAUGAAUCUAAUCCUAUGGCAGCUUUACUUGCCAGUGCUAAAGCCGCAGCAGCGCAAUACGAGGAUGACCUUAUUAGUGGAGAUGAGAUGGACGAAGAUGACGAAUCGGAAUCGGAAGAUGAUGAAGCGUUCGAUGGUGUUAAGCUCUCUGGAUUGCCCACACGAAAAGACGGAUCCAGAAAAGCUUUCGACAAAGUUUUCAAGCAAGUUGUUGAUCAGGCAGAUGUUGUUCUCUACGUUCUCGAUGCUCGCGAUCCCGAAGGCACUCGAUCGAAAGAAGUUGAACGUAUGGUUAUGGCUGCUGCAAGUGGUGGAAAGAGAUUAAUUCUUAUUCUCAACAAAAUCGAUCUUAUUCCUCCUCCAGUCCUCAAAGCAUGGCUCAUUCACCUCCGAAGAUAUUUCCCCACCUUGCCCUUACGAGCUUCUGGUCCAGCGGCAAAUGCACAUACUUUCAAUCAUAGUCAAUUGACUGUGAAGAGUACAUCACAAACACUUUUCAAGGCUUUAAAAUCAUUCGCUGCGGCAAAACAACUCAAGCGCUCCGUUUCUGUUGGUGUUAUUGGAUAUCCUAACGUUGGAAAAUCUUCCGUCAUCAAUGCCCUCACAUCCCGUCUCGGUGGUGCUGGUGCAGCAUGUCCAGUUGGUGCUGAAGCAGGUGUUACUACAUCUCUUCGAACUGUCAAGAUCGAUAGCAAAUUAACGUUACUUGAUUCUCCUGGUAUUGUUUUCCCAACCGCUAGUGAUUCCUCCAAGGCGUCGAAAAUUGAAGAACAAGCCAGACUUGUUCUCCUAAAUGCUAUUCCCCCCAAGCAAAUUGAGGACCCUGUCCCCGCGGUUACCUUAUUAUUAAAGAGAUUGAGUGCUUCUCAAGAUAUGCUCAAUAAACUUAUGGAUGUCUAUGGAUUACCACCAUUGGUUUCCGUAAAUGGCGAUUCAACCUCAGAUUUCUUGAUCCAGGUCGCUAGAAAGAGAGGAAGACUUGGGAAGGGAGGUGUACCAAAUAUUAGCAGUGCUGCCACAACAGUUAUCACGGAUUGGAGAGAUGGAAGAAUCCAGGGAUGGAUGGAUGCUCCUAUAUUGGCUAUUGCGCCGGAGAAGAUUGCUGGUGCUGCUGUGGGAGAGGAUGUUAAAGGUGAUCAGAAGGAGAUCGUUAAGGAGUGGGCUGAAGAGUUCAAAUUGGAGGGAUUAUGGGGAGAUAACUCUUCAAAGGAUGAGGUUAUGGAAGAAUAGAUUUUGCUAUGAGGCACUAUGGAAUAUCCUGUGGACGAUCAUCAGUAUGGUGUUUAGGCGUAAUGGCUGGGUUUAAAAGUUGGCCGGGGUCAGUUUGUUGUAGAAAUGAAUACAGCAAGAUAAUCAGCAAUAUGACGAGAAGCACCUUUAUGCAGUCUUCAGUAGUCUUGUAUGAUACUGAACAUACAUCUUUUUGAAUUAGGUGAUGAUCGAAUUCAUGGUGGGAUAAAGACAAAACAUUUCCCAGCCUGUACAUUAGAUAAUCCAUCUACCUGUCAACAAAAACUGGUUCGAGAUAGCAGUUCAAAUCCAGCAGCCAUUCCAUCUCAUACUUGAGACGUACCCUCAAUACUCAAAUUUUUCACCCACAGGCUUUCCACUUAAUCACCACAAUCCUUUAGCCGUCUCUUUAUCAAGAGCAGUAGCCCUCCAUCUGAGUCUAAAUCUGAUUCUCAACAAUAAAGACUGGUACAUGCUCAGAUUCUACUAUAUUGCGUUAGAACUCAGAUGAACUGUCGAUUCACGGGUUUUGAGAUUUACAUCUU